CGAGUGCAGCGGCGCGCUGAGUCGUCGUCAGACGGUGUUUAACCUUUGUCGUCGUCGAUCGUUGAGUAAUCCGUGUCUCUAUCUCUGUCUCUCGUGCCACAGUCCAUAGCGCGCUUCCACUCGAGAAUUUUCACAUACGAAAAAUUGAUUUUAUUUUUUUGCCGUCACAUUAUAUUAUAAUAUUUUAAACCGUCCGCCAAGAUGACCGUCAUCACCAUGCCGACCACCGAGAAGAAAUCGGACAACGUGCCGUUGGUGACCAACAUCGAGAUCGACCCUUCCGCUCAGGAAAAAGAUCUAGAAACUGGAAAUGGUGCACAUAAUCGUCCGGUCAGAUCUAAAUUUUUGGUGCUCAGAGUCAUUAAUGAUCGCGUUUAUUCUAUGUGGGCAUUAAUCUAUGUAUUACUCAUGUCAUUAGUAAUUACAUUCAUGAUGCUUUACGGAGAACAUAUUUAUAGAGCUAUUGGAAAUGCUUUUAACGAUGAGAAUGAUGCUUUCUAUGGAACUGGCACUAUUGCUUUAAAUGAUAAGUUAUCUCUUCCCAUGCAAGACAUAAACAAUGAUUACGAUAAUCAAUUAAAAAAUGAUUUGGAGUUCAAGAAACUUGAGAACUUUGCUUUGAACAUGGAAAAAAUGAACAGCCAAAUGAUGAACCCUGAAGAUGUCAUUUCUGAAUUUAAAGAAGAUUUUGAACUUGAUCUUAAGGAAGAUAGUUAUGAAAAAAUUCUUCCAAUUCUACCACUUGCUAACUCUGCUCGUUUUAUUCAUGAUUUCAGCGCGAACGUCACUGGUAUUGUAGAUAUUGAUGGUAAGCGUUGUUUCAUUAUGCCAUUAAACCGCAGUGCAGUAUUGCCACCAAAAUCCUUGUACGAUUUGUUGUUUAAAAUGUCAAGUGGUUAUUAUGCCGUUGAUACCAGUAAUGUGAUGCACAAUAUGCGUGUAGUGAAACCAGCUAUUCAGGAUCUCACAGAAUACGGCAUUUAUAUUGCUAAAGAUUGUGCCGGUUUUCCAACUUAUAAACUGGAAAAAAUCGUUUCGGGAGUGUUUAAGAGGAGUGUUUCGAACCACGCGAAAACUUUUUCGGCGUUUUCGGGACAGAUGGACUCGUUCAACAUAAUCAACUACGAAGAAAUUGAUAUGCAGUAAAACAAUAUGAUCUCCCGUUUUUAUGUUUGAUAUAAUAAUAGGUUCACACACACACACACACACACACACAUACACAAUUUAUUUAUAAAUACUACCUACACAGGUAGUAACUAUUUUAUCUAUUUACGACGAUUUUGUUUAAGAUUUUAUUUUCAAAGUUUUAUGAUAUUAUAUUAUUAUAUAUUCACUCAUUAUGAUUUUCUAGUAGGCACUUAGUGCUAUAAUAGGUACAUGGUACCUACCUAUAAUCUUUUUACCCAAUAAACCCGUAUAUAUAUACCUAUAUAUAUGUAUAUUAUAUAGGUGGUAUUAUACCAUGUGAUAUGCUAUAAUACUGUAGAUUGUAAUUUAUCAUUAUUAUUAUCAACUGUUGAAUAUGGUUCGAAAAUUUCGAUUGAGUUGUUUUCUUGUCUACAAAUAUCAAACGUUAUUUUGUGAAUUUUUUUUUUGUUUUGUUUUUUUUUUAUUUUUGAAAGUUUUAUGCAAGUAUUUUUUUGUGUUGCCAAAAGUCCAUUAAAUUAUAUUGAAGCUCGAAUUAUCUACAUCAAUGAUCACAUUAUGAAACGGCUAUUUUCUAAUAAUAGAUUGAGUAUAAAUUACUAUUUUACUGUAAUAAUUUUGUAUGGUAUAAUAUUAUAAUUGAACGAUAAUAAUAUUAGCAUUACCUACUAUAAUAUAUACUUGCAUCUGUAGUCGAAUAUUGUAAAAUAGCAUAAAUUUUGGUAUCAGAGUAUUUGGAUUAAUAUACAUUAUAUUAUAUAUGUCUAUAUUUAUACACUUUAUAGAAUCUAAUAAAAUAAUAAAAAAUAUA